ACAAUAGCAUUAUUAAGCUGUCAAACACCUUCCCAGCUUGAAGCUUUAUAGUGUUGUCCACAACAAAUGCAUAAAAGGCCACUAAAGCCAACUCACAGGGAAACCUAGUCCUUCUAGCUGGCCAGCUGUUCAUAGCCAUCUUCCUGCUGCUCUACUUGCAGCUUCAGCAACAACCUCCAUCCUUCUCUCUCCUCAUCCACCCCUCUGUGUCUGUGGGGAGUGCGUUAAACUAAACGUGAGUAAUUUGUGUGGCUUCUGUACGGAAAUUGCAGUAAGGGAACAAAGCCAGAAGAGAUAAGGUGGUCAUGCUUUCCAACCGCCUUUCAGCGCUCUAAAAAUAUAUCUACAUCUCCCUCCUCUUCUCUCACACCCCGCAACUUCGCACACUCUCUGUGCCAACCUGCGAGAAGAAGAUGAAUAAGCAAGACUUGCUCAAAAUUCAGAGUUGUGUUCUCAAGGUGAAUAUCCACUGUGAUGGCUGCGAACAUAAAGUAAAGAAACUCCUUCAGAAAAUCGACGGUGUGUAUUCAGUGAAUAUAGAUGCCGAGCAAGGGAAGGUGCUGGUGACAGGGAAUGUGGAUCCAGGCACACUGAUAAAAAAGCUGAAAAGUUCAGGCAAACAUGCUGAACUAUGGGGGCCGAAAGGCAUGAUGUUUCCCACUAACCAGUUCAAGAACCUGCAAAUUGAUCCUCAUGGCAAAGGGGGAAAAGACAACAAGUCUCACAAAGGUGGAAAGGACAACCAGAAAGGUGCUGGUCAACCUCAAUUGUUUCAGUUCCAAAAUAAGGGGCCACAUAAUUUCAAGUUACCCGCCGGAGAUCACAAAUCUGUCAAGUUCAACUUGCCGGGGGAGGAAUUCGACGCAAGUGAUGACGACUUCGACGAUGAUUUUGACGAUUAUGAAGAUUCAGAGGACGACUACAAAGAAGAGCACAUCCAUACCCAUGCUAUGCCUAACAAGAUGAUGAACGGACAUAAAGGCACUGGUGGUGGGGGUAAGAAUGCCAAGAAGAUUGACGUCAUGGAUGUACCAGUACAAAUGAAGGGCAAAGGAGGGAACAACGAGUUCAAAAAUGGAGGCAACGGAGGAAAGAAGAACCAUGGAGGCGGAGGUAAAAAAAACAAGAGUGGAGGUGGAGGAGGUAACAAAAAGAGCACGAAAACCAGUGUGGGGUUGCUAGGUCGGUUUCUAGGGUUAGGGCAAAAAGGAGGUGACAAGCACAAAGAUAAGAAGAAGGGAGGAGGUGGGGGUGGAACUGGAAAUAACAAAAAAGGUAAACAAGGGAAGAAGGGAGGAGACAAAUUUGAGGAUGUGGGCUACGGUUUUGAUGAUGAAGAUGGUGAUGUUGAUGAAUUUGAUAUUCCUCAAUCUCAUCAGGGUAAGGGUAAGGGUAAGGGUAAAGGAGGCAAUGGCGGUAAAAGUAAUAAUGGUAAAGGUAAUGGGAAUCAUGGAAACGUGGGCCAGAUGGGCCCAAUCCAAAUGGGCCAUAUGGAUCAGAUGAAGAUGGAGCAGAUGAGGAAUUUAAUGCAGGGACUACCAGCCAUGAACGGUGGUGGGUACUAUCCAGGAAUGCAAAUGCAGCCUCCUCCGCCCCAGUAUCAGCCGCCGCAGCAGUACAUGGCUCCCAUGAUGAGCCAUAAUUAUCACCAGCAACCACAUCUGAACAGUAUGUACCCACCACCGGCGAUGAUGUAUGGGCGGCCUUACAUGCCGCCUCCGCCGCCGAUUCCGGUUCAACCAGGGGCCGAUCAUGUUACACACGCCUUCAACGAUGAGAACACUGAGAGUUGCACUGUCAUGUAAACUAAGAAGAGAUCGAGCUUGUUUUGGCUCGCUUUCACGUUUAUUUGCGCUUUUUUCUUUUCCCGUAUUCAAUAUCUGGGGUUUCAUGAAAUUUUGUUCUAGUGAGUGCUAGUGCAUUAGUGCUUAGUGGUGUUAGAUAUGUGCAAAAUUUAGGGUGACAUAUAUAUAUAAAAAUAUAUAUAAUUGAUAUGGUUGCUUUUAUUUUGGAUCGUGCCCUUCGCGACUGACGUCAUGGCAGAAGCUUCACAUGUGCUCGCUGUGAGCGCUAAUGGCCAAAAUGUCCCUCACAGUACAGCCAGUCAUGAUUGAUGAUGAUGCCUUAUAUUAAUUUGUAUAUGCUUACUUUGUA